AAACAAGCCCUUCCCAACAGAGUCAAUAAAAAGGGGUGUGGAGGAGUUCCUCAACCAACUCUCCAACGUUGGUAACAGAGAUAGAAACUGAGAUGAGUGUGAUGGUGUCCUGUAAUCUUAAAAACUAGGGAGGCUGAGGCACAAGCAUCAGGAAGUGCUAGAGCUGCCUCUGCUCUUAGAGCCAGUCGCGUGACACCUUGUGUCAAACAAACCCCAGAAAAUGAUCGACACAGGUGGAGACCAUUCUGGAAUGAACCAGGCUCGGGAGGCUCAUGGACUUACAAACUGAUUUGGACGACAGCCUUCCUGGAGGAAGAAUGAGAUUAACAUCCCAGGAAACCACCAUGUGACAAGACAGCCCCAGAAAGCAGCAUAGCCUCGGUUUACUCGGUCCUCCCACAUACCAUCGAGAAACCCAAAUUGUGGUAGAGCUCCGCGUCGCGCUCAUGUGACGUCACCCGUGCACCACAGAGACGCCAGUUCCGGAUAGAGUGUCCCGCAUUGCGUCACGAGUGCGUCUCGCAGGCCGCUCUUUCCCCGCCCACUCCGGCGCGGUUCCGUCUUUCCGGACCUGGCCGAGCAGGAGGCGCCAUCAUGGGUGUUGACAUUCGCCACAACAAGGACCGAAAGGUUCGGCGCAAGGAGCCCAAGAGCCAGGACAUCUACCUGCGGCUGCUUGUCAAGCUGUACAGGUUUCUGGCCAGACGGACCAACUCCACCUUCAAUCAGGUUGUGCUGAAGAGGUUGUUCAUGAGCCGAACCAACCGGCCACCUCUGUCCCUGUCCCGCAUGAUCCGAAAGAUGAAGCUUCCUGGCCGCGAGAACAAGACUGCCGUGGUUGUGGGGACGGUCACAGAUGAUGUGCGGAUUCUGGAAGUUCCCAAGCUGAAGGUGUGUGCACUGCGGGUGAGCAGCCGGGCCCGGAGUCGCAUCCUCAAGGCUGGGGGUAAGAUCCUCACCUUUGACCAGCUGGCCCUGGAGUCUCCCAAGGGCCGGGGCACUGUGCUCCUGUCUGGUCCUCGGAAGGGCCGAGAGGUGUACCGACAUUUUGGCAAGGCCCCAGGAACCCCACACAGCCAUACCAAACCCUAUGUCCGUUCCAAGGGCCGGAAGUUUGAGCGCGCCAGAGGCCGAAGGGCCAGCAGAGGCUACAAAAACUAACCCUGGAUCUUAACUGUUAAUAAAAAAAACAUUGGAUGAUGA